GACACUGUCACACCUCCCACACUCCAUGACAGCGCCGGCACUGGCAGUGCCAUGGCAGCCGCGACAGCCGGCACAGGGUCCCGGUCCCUCGGUGCCGGGGGCUCCUCCCGGGGGUCCCACCUUCCCCGCCGUCGGCAGCUUCACCCACCGGGAUUUCUAUCCGUCCUUCCCAAGGGCACAGACACUAGCAGCCCCAUUGUGACCCUUCAGGAUGUGCCUAAAGAUCUUAAGGGAUCGCCUCCCUCCAUUGGAUACAAACCAAAGACCACCAGAAUCAUCACCAACGACCUGAUCCGGGACCUCGUCAUCCCCCAGGAGAAGCCUCAACCGUGUCUCAUCAUUGGAGAAAAGGAAUAUGAGAGGAUCAAGGAAUCAGCUCAAGCCCCAACUGAUGCGGAGCGUUGGGACAGGCUGAAGACCCUGAAAGCCAGACAGGACGCUGCUUUCGAAGCCCUGAAAAAGGCCCAGAUGGAGGAGCAGAGAAAGGCAGAACUGGAGGAUGAGAGAGACUAUCGGAGACAUGUGGAGGAGGAGGAGCUGCAGCAAGAGGAGCAGAAGCUGCUGCAGCGGGCGAUGAGGAUGAGGCUGGAGUGGGAGGAAGAGAUGCAGGAACUGAACACGCUGUUAUUCAAUGCCAAGUGCAACAUGAUCUGGGACAAGCAAGUCCUGGAGAAGCGGAUGAUCCACAAGGAACUGGUGGAGGAGGAGAAGCGCCUGGACAAGAUGUUGGAAAUGGAGCGGGAGAAGGGCUUGGAGGUGCAGGAGGAGCUGGAGCGCUGCAGGAAGCGGGAGCUGAUCAGAGCCAGGCAGCACAUUGUGAAGCAGAUGGAGCAGAAUGCAGAGGAGCGAGCGCUGAGGGCUGAGGAGCUGUACCAGGAGGGCCAGAGGCAGCUGGAGCGUCUGGAGCAGAUGAAGAGGGAGGAUCGGAAGGCCUGGGAGCAGAAACAGCAGCGACUAAAACAAAUCCAUGAGGAGAUUAAACAUUUCAAUGUGGAGAGCCAGAGGCUGAAGGAUAAACAGUGGGAGCAGGAGAGGCUGGAGGACGAGCGGGUGCUGGAGCAUCAGAGGCAGAAGGCUGAGCGUGAGGCUGCUUUGGAGGCAGAGCAGGAACAACUGUGCCUGGAGAAGGAGAAGGAGCUGGCCCGGCUCAGGGCCACGCAAAAGCAGGCCCAGGACUGGCAGGCAGAGCGGGAUGCUCUGAAGGCCAAGAGGAACCAAGAGGCUGCAGACAGGGAAUGGCGGCGGCGGGAGACAGAGAAGACACAGAGGAAGGCUGAGAUGCAGCAGCAGCUGAGGCAGGACUGGCUGCAGCAGGUGGCCCAGAAGGAGCAGCACUUGGCCAUGCAGAUGGAGCAGGACCGCCAGGAAUUCCAGAGGGUGCUCAGGGCCCACCAGGAGCAGCUGGAGCAGGAGAAGCUGCAGGAGGAGCAGAGGGAGCUCCGGCAGCGCGCCCAUGCCGAAGAUGUGCGGCGGCAGAUCCAGGAGCUGCGGCAGCAGCGGCAGCGCGAGCGGGCGGCCGGCGCUGAGGAGGGCCGGCAGCAGGAGCAGGAGAUCCGGCAGCGCAGCCAGCGCCUCGCCCAGCUCAGGCAGCAGAAGCUGCAGGAGUUCAGAGCCACUGGAAUGCCUGAAAAGUACUGUGCCCAGGUGGAGCGCAAAGCCUAGAGCCGAGCCAGCGCAGACCCCUCCUAGGCCCAGCCCCACAAGGAACCAGCUGCAAUUCCCCAGAGAUUUGGGGUUCCAUUUGCAUUGCCUAAA